AUGAGUCAGCAGCAAGAUGGAGGCUGCUUGCCUAGCCCUGCGGCUCACAGCAGCGGGCCUGUUGCGGCCUGGAGGCAGCUGCAAGCGCUGGAGCUCUCAGAUGAUGAAGAGGAGAUCUCAGGGAUGCUGGAUGCCACGCCACCGCACAGCCCCACUGCACAGACGUCUCCUGUCAGGCAGCAACUGCAUCGCCCACCGCGGUCGCCGGCCUCCGCCGCGGCCGCACGAAAGCGGCUGAGCCCAAAAAAAUCUCCGUCGCCGCCUAAAAAGGGCGGCUCCUGGUCGCACGUAAAAGGGCGCCACUCCCGCCGGCCGCCGCCCCUCAUCCUCUCCCCCCGCUCCAGCGCUGGCAAGCAGGGCGCGGCGCGGAGCUCCUCGGAGGGCGAGAAGGCGGUGCAGGAGUGGCAGCGCGCCAUGAAGUCUCCCAGUCCCUCCAAAUGGCGCGCCAGCAAUGCAGUGAGGCAGCUGGAGGCCGAUACCAUCGCGCUGGCGGCCGGCGCCGUCACCGCCAUGCUGGCCGCCAACGCCGCAGCCGCCGGGCCGCUCGACUCACCGGAAAAGGUGGUGAGACGCACAUGGGACUGGCUGGCAGAGCAGCCGGAGGACGCCGCUGAGCUGGCGGUGCUCCUCUUCGAGGCAGCGCCAAAAUUAAAAAUCAGCGCCAGCGGCAGCGGCGGCGCGUCCCAGCCGCCCAAGGCCUCGCGGCGAUCCUCCUACAAGGAAGAGGGCGGCUUCCAGCACCGUCUGUCCGCCGGAGUUCCCUGCCCAAUAGGGGCCGGGGAGAUAGACUGGAAGCAGCUGACAUUGGUGAUCGGGUCGGAGAUGCUCAAGUUUGAGACGGAGCAUGCUGCCGCCAGCGAGGCAUGCCAGUCUGGCACUGACGAGGCGCAGCUAUACACCUCACCCCGAGGUGGGGGACUGGUGGAGGUGAAUUCGGGCGGCCACGUCAUGUUCUGCUUCCUGUCAGGUCCCACAGGCCACACCCACCGAAGCCGCAGCCACCAACGCGAUUCGCAACACACACACUCCGGCUCCCAGCAGGACAGUGAGAAGCAGCAACAGCAUCAUGACAGUACAUCCCAGCAGCACUCAUCUCAGCAGAUGAGGCAGCCCGGCAGUGGGCGGAGCCUGGUCCAUGCGUUUGACAGCGCGGCUGCUGGGGAAGAAGGGAACAGCAUGCCGCCGUCGGCCGCACCUCGGGAGCGCCCGGCGCAGGAUACACUCUCCGACCGGCCCAGGAGCCCAGAGGUAUCGGCGUCUCCGAGCACGCAGCCGUCGCCGGGGGAUGGCGGCAGCGGAAGGUUCUCCCCCUGCAGCUCGCUCAGAGGGGGGUCCCGCAGCCCCUCCCCGGCCGGGUCGGAGCACGCCCCCGAACGCGUGGUCAUCGUGAAGGUGCACCAGGCGCGGCUGGCCAGCCAGAGCGAGCAGUUUGCCAACGAGCUGACUCAGCACCUGGGCAUCUGCGCCCCCGCCUGCCGCAUCCUACGCCGCAUGGGGGCGACGGCUGAGGAGUGGAAAGAGGCGCACGGCGCGGCGAUGCUGCUGGGGAGGAGGGGGGCGGAUCUUGAGGAGCAGAUGGCGCGCUCAGCGUGCAUGCUAGUGAUGGAGUACAUCCCCGGCCGCGCCCUCUUCCACCUGCAGCAGCCCUUCCAGCCGGCCCAGAUCCUGCGCACCGCUGAAGACCUCGGCAGGCUGUUCCUGCUGGACAUGCUGCUGGGCAACGCGGACCAGCUGCCCUGUGCGACGCUGGGGUGGCGAGGCAACCCCCACAACGUUCUCUUCUGCACCGCUGGCGCGCACGCCGGCCGCAUGGUCGCCAUCGACUCAGCAGUGCAGCGCCGCCCGCCAGGCGGCAAGAUGUGGCUGGAGGAUGCAGCCUGCAACAAGCUGGCCGAGCUGGCGCUGAAUGACGUGGGCGUGGCAGGCAGCGUGCUUAGGGAGGCCGUGUCCAGCAGUGCAUUCGCUGUGGAAGCUGUCAGCAACCCGGACGUCCACAAGGCUUUCCAGCAGGGGUUGCUGACGAGCCUGCAGGCGACGCUGCACAUCAAGGGACUGCUGGAAAUGAUGUUUGAUGUGCUCUCCGGCUGGAUCGACGAGUUCAUCCGCGACAUGGAGGAUGUGGAGAGCACCACUGAGGUGCCAGGAACGCCCCCGGGGACGCGCCCCACCACACCCCCCAGCGCCUCUCCUAUCUCAUCUGUGCACAUCACCAAUCCACCGACCGCCAGCCAUCUGACACCCGGCGGCGCGCGGUGGGGUCCCAGCAGCCCGCGCACAUCCAUAAGCACGACGCAGAAGAUCCGCAGCAUAGGCCGGGAGGCGCGCGUCAACGAGCUCAUCUCCGAGCGCCUGGACCAUUGGAAGGCCGCCAUGCGCAAACGCGGCGAGGAGCUGCGGGCGGCGGUCGAGGAGUGGCAGACCAAGCGUGCCAGCAGCACCGGAGCCCCGCGGCUGACCACCGGCUUCCUGGAUGGCACACACCCCAUCGUCGACGCCUACGAGCUCAAGGCGCGUCUUAUCAGCCUGCACCUUGCCUAG